CUGGUGAGAGUGCCGGUGACAUUUCGAAAAUCCAAAUACUCUCUGCGAGAGAGAGAGAGAGCGAGAGCGGGAAGAUUUUAGGGCAAAACCAUGGAAGAAGCGAAAAGUGAGCCGCGAGUGGGGAUCGUCUACGACGGGAGGAUGUGUAAGCAUGACACACCCGACGGCGAUGACCAUCCCGAAAACCCCAAUCGCAUUCGAGCUAUUUGGAACAAGCUGUUAACCAACAAUAUCCCUCAGAGAUGUGUGGUUUUGAACGCGAAAGAAGCGGAGGAGAAACAUCUAACGUAUGUUCACUCCAGGAAUCACGUGAAUUUGAUUAGAAAUAUAAGCUCCAAACAGUUUGAUUCGCGGAGGAACAAAAUUGCAUCCAAAUUGAACUCCAUAUAUUUCAACGAAGGGUCGUCAGAAUCUGCAUUUUUGGCUGCUGGCUCUGUUGUUGAGGUUGCUGAGAAAGUAGCUAAAGGGGAAUUGGACUCUGCUUUCGCUAUUGUUAGGCCGCCUGGGCAUCAUGCGGAGCACACUGAAGCAAUGGGAUUCUGUUUGUUCAAUAAUGUGGCUGUUGCAGCAAGUUUUCUGUUAAAUGAAAGACCGGAGUUGGGUAUUAAGAAAAUCUUGAUUGUUGAUUGGGAUGUCCAUCAUGGUAAUGGUACACAAAAGAUGUUCUGGAGGGAUCCUCGUGUUUUAUUCUUUUCGGUUCAUAGACAUGAGUUUGGGAACUUUUAUCCAUGUAAUGACGAUGGCGCUUACACGAAUGUUGGAGAAGGACCAGGAGCUGGAUAUAAUGUUAAUGUUCCUUGGGAGAAUGGACGAUGUGGGGAUGCAGAUUAUCUGGCUGUUUGGGAUCAUAUCUUGGUUCCCAUUGCUAAGGAAUUUGAUCCUGACAUGAUAUUAGUCUCUGCAGGAUUUGAUGCAGCUGUUGGAGAUCCUCUAGGGGGUUGUUGCAUCACCCCAUAUGGUUACUCUGUUAUGCUGAAAAAGCUGAUGGAUUUUGCCAAGGGUAAGAUUGUUUUGGCAUUAGAAGGUGGGUACAACCUUAACUCAAUUGCAAAUUCUGCCCUUGCGUGCAUGGAAGUAUUGUUAGAAGACAAGCCAGUCACUGGUUCUUCAGAGGCCCAUCCAUUUGAGUCCACGUGGCGUAUAAUACAAGCGGUCCGCCAGGAGCUAAGUACUUUCUGGCCGACCGUUGCUGACGAACUACCAACAAAGUUAACGAGUCAAGUAGCCUCUCAAUUGCUCUUGGAGAUCUCGAGUUCUGAUUCUGAAAAUGAAGAUGAGAAAUCCCUGGAUCAUGUGUCGGACAAUAGUGUGGAGGUUAAUUUUGUAACAUCCUUUGGGAGCCUGAAAGUUCAAGAUAAUCAUGAUCGAGUUGCUAAUGCAUCUACUAACUGGAGAUUGGAGCUUUCCAAGAUAGACAUUUGGUAUGCUUCUUUUGGAUCAAACAUGUGGAUACCAAGAAUCCUCUGUUAUAUAAGAGGUGGACAGGUGGAAGGAAUGAACGGGGCAUGUCCUGGAUCAAUGGACAGAAACCCUCCAAAAGAAACCUUGUGGAGAAUUUUACCCCACCGUUUAUUCUUUGGUCAUAGCUCUACUAGGACAUGGGGUCCUGGAGGUGUUGCUUUCCUUAAUCCUGAAAGUAAAAUUCAGGAUAAAACUUACAUGUGCCUGCAUAAAAUUACAUUGGAGCAGUUCAAUGACAUUUUACUACAAGAAAAUUGUCUUUCAGACCAUGACAUGAGUUUUCCUUUGUUUGAUCUUACCGCUUUGAACUCAGUCAUAAAGGAAAAGUCCAUUUCUAUGGAGGUUCUUAAGAAGGGUUGGUACCAUAAUGUUGUUUAUCUGGGAGAGGAGGGCAAUAUACCUAUAUUGACUAUGACGUGCCCACUUUCGGAUGUUGAAAGCUUCAAAGCCGGCAAGCUUCCUUUGUGUGCACCUAGCAAAGAGUAUGCUAACACCUUGAUAAGAGGUCUUGUAGAAGGAGAACAGCUCUCAGAAGAAGAAGCGGUUGCUUACAUAGAGAAAUCUUCUACCACACCAUUGUGAUUGCUGCAGUGUAUCUGUGCUUCGGUGUUGGCAUAUUUUGUUAUGGCGAAAGGUCCAAAUUCAACUACUAUAUUUUGUUAUAAACCUCAUGGUACAUAGUAGCAUUGCUUGUUCUCUAGGCAAAAGCUUCCUUACAUGGGGGAAGUUGCAUAUAUGAUUACAUUUUGCGAUGCAUUAGAUUUAGACCUUAUGGAGGAUGACUUCUACAUAUUUGCGAAUACAGUAGCAACUCUCUAUGGAAGAUAGAAUUAAGAUUUCCACCAUGUAACCAACAGUUAGUGGCAAGUGAAUGUUUACAAGUUGUCUGUGCAGCUAUGUUGUGGCCAGAAAAUUCCUUCCCUGGCCGCUCGGACUUUCCUCCAGUUGUGGUUGCUUCCUGAAGCUGGUGAAUGCUAGAUGUAAUAUUGACCUGUGCCCUUGCGGAAAUUUCAGACAGCCACGGCUGGUAUGGAAUACUAGUAGCCUGUAUGCUGUAUGUGCCAGCAACUUUAGCUUU